AUGGAGAGACCGGCAAAGCGGAUGAAGAUCACUGACCCUGAUGUACGAAAUCCUCGAGACUCGGGUUCGAGAAGGACGGAAGGACUGUUUAGCUCGGAGUUGGGCAUGCGAAGCGAUGAGACAGAUAGAAAAUCCCUUCCGACCCGCACCAUCAGUCUAUUAGACUUACAGAGACAACAAGUAUUUGAUAACCACCAACAUACCCCGCGACCUGUUUUGCCGCGGAGGAAUGCUGCAGUUUACCUGUUACCCAGGGCUCCGGAUGCCACCGUCACGGCCAGCGUUGUCCAGGUCAACGUCAAUGACGGCACAACGACCUCGAAAGUCACCGAAGUGCCUAUGGCCACCACUGGUGCCGUUGUUUCUUUGACAGACGUUGGUACCUUGACGACUGCCCUCUCUGUGACCAUUCCUGGUCUCACCAACAGUACCAUUGGGACAGGUAGCGAUUCGGCUCAGGAGACCAUCACAUCUUCAACCACUCCGUUACCACCCGAUACAUCGACAAUCACCUCUUUCAUAACCAGUUCAAGUCUACUCCCACCAGUCAAUGGCACUGUACCAAUCCCUACCACGAGUACUGGGCAGCGGACGGUCACAGUGACAGCAACGUCGACAUUCGAAAUCUCCCUGAUCAACGGCACUAUUGUCGCCACGGAGCCGUACUUUGGAGUACACUCUACCAGGACUACCAGGACUGGCACAGGCAGUACCAGUGCUUCUCGAACCUACACCUUUGGCGAACUACCUUCCACAUCGACAGGCUCUUCUCAAGGGUCUACUACAUCCACUGGAUCCGACUCGUCUGCAACUUCGACCGAUUACUUCGCGGGCGGUGCAGGAGCGACUGCUACCGACGCGACUACACCCACGUCUGAUCCAGCAUCCACUUCCAGGUCAAGGUCAGAUGGAGGCGGGGGUGGGGGAGGCAGCACUGGUCUGACCCCGACUCAGCAACAAGUAGUAGGAGGUGUCGUUGGGGGCGUGGCUGGAGUCGCACUGACGCUGGUCAUAAUUCUCUUUCUCCUCCGCUGGUAUCGACGUCGGCUGAAAGCACGUGGUCAACUUCCCGAGCAGAUUGCAGCCCGGGAGCUUGCAGGCGGCGGAACUGGUGAGGCGUACCCAAUGUCGCAGCGGUCGUCCACAACUCCUCUGGCGGCUGCGGUGGCUCAUGGAUUCAAGCGUUUCCGACCUCACAGCAAUCAAACCCUUGGCACGACUUUCACUGCCGAUACAACAAGUAGCGUGCCAGAGUCUGAACGUGGCUUCCAGCGAAUAGCCGGACGGAAGAUAGCCCCCGUCAUAGGCAGUGGAGGUGAUCCAUAUGGUGGGAACUAUGGCGCCUUUGAAAAAGAUGUCGGUGCAGGUCCAUCCGACAUACCUGAGAGUAGCCUGGCAGGUGCAUCAUUCUACCAAGACAGUCGCGGUUUCUACGGCGGUCAGGGGGCUCAAACGCCGCCAAUGCCCUCAUCGCCAAUCACUGCUACAUCGGCUGCAAAGACUGGAGACAUGUCAGCCACUACCGGAGCCGCUUCUAGCACAAGAGACUUCGCCGAUCCCCGCGUUCCAUCAGUGCGCAACAGCAGUCAAGUUUCUUUGACCACGCCCACCCGACCCGAAGGAUAUGCUGUCAUGCGGCCAAGUCCCGCCCGAACUCCCGUGACACUUAGUCCCGCUGCGAGCUCCAUUCGACUACCCAUUCAACAGGCUCCAACCAUGGACGAGCGCGCGCCGCCAAUGCCAGUGUCCACGCUGCGCGAUGGUGUAGGCCGAAGUCUUGCUAGUCAAGAUGGCAGUCGAGUGAGCAAGAGCAGUGGUCGAAGCGCGGGAAGAUUUACGGAAAACAUGUGA